AUGGAUAACAAUGAGAACAUUUUACCACCUGGUUUUAGGUUUCACCCAACAGAUGAAGAAUUAAUUACUUAUUAUCUUCUUAAUAAAGUUCUUGAUUCUAAUUUCAAUUCUCGUGCCAUUUCUGAGGUUGAUCUCAACAAAUCUGAGCCCUGGGAACUUCCUGAAAAGGCAAAAAUGGGAGAAAAAGAGUGGUACUUUUACAGCCUAAGAGAUAGGAAGUAUCCCACAGGAUUAAGAACGAACCGGGCAACAGAAGCUGGUUAUUGGAAGGCAACCGGGAAAGAUAGAGAAAUUUAUAACUUUAAAACAAGUUCACUUGUUGGUAUGAAGAAAACACUUGUAUUUUACAGAGGAAGAGCUCCUAAGGGUGAAAAGAGUAAUUGGGUUAUGCAUGAAUAUCGUCUUGAAGGCAAAUUCUCCUACCAUUACCUCUCCCGCACCUCUAAGGAUGAGUGGGUGAUUGCAAGGGUGUUCAAGAAGACAGAUGCAGGCACCACCACCACCAUUGGAGGAAAACAAGGCCGAAGCAACGGACUCAUGAGCCUAUUUAAUCAAGCCUGCACCUCAUCGUCAUCGGUUUCGCUCUCGCCUUCCCACCACCUUCCACAGCUCCUAGACUCCUCUUAUGGAGACGUCAAUGAGAUCAGUUGCUCCUCUUAUGACCAAGGAAAUCAUUUGAUCAACAACAAGCACGUGUCCUGUUUCUCCACAAACCCUAAUUUUAACUCAUUAUUUGAUCAUCAUAUCACUUUCCCACCACCGCCAUCUCUGCCGCCAGUGCUACCGUCUCAGGGUGGUGAUGGUGGUGGAUAUAGUCCCGCGGGGUUUCUCGCUUUCCCUAGCCUAUGGUCUCUUCACGAUAAUCUUAUUAUUCCGUGGGUCGAAGAUGGUUCACCCGUCGCCCAUGGAAAUAGUUAUUGUGAGAAUAAUAUAAGUAUGUAG